AUGGAAGGAGAACAAGAACAAGCCAAUGUGGCUGCUAUGUUGCAAGCUCUAAUGCAACAUUUGGACAAUAUGGAUACUAAAUUCGAUGCCUUCGCUGAUGAUGUCCAACAAGUAAAGGAUGGCCAAAAUCAACAAGCUCAACCACCUCAACAAAGGGCUAACGCCGCACAAAAGAAUGAGAGGAUUCAGCUUCCACCACCGAGGCAAAUAGCUAGAAUCGAUCCCAUGGAAAGAUUGAGGCAACAAGAGCUUGGAGGCCAAGCAAUAAAUGAGAAUUUGCGACCUAGGAGGGGAAUCGAAAGAGAAGAGAUUAAAGACAACAUCAAAUACAAGAUCCCUAAAUUCAAUGGGAGAGGGUCACCAUCCGAUUAUUUGGAGUGGGAAUCGAAAUUGGAUAUGUAUUUCGAUUACUACCCACAUGCCGGCCAAAGAAGCUUUUACACUGAUGGUCUCUACCAAGAGUUGCAAUCUUUGAGGCAAGGAACUAGGAGUGUUGAUGAGUACUACUCCGAGAUGAUGUUGUUAAUGUCUAGGGCCGAGGUUGAUGAAGCUCCACAAGCUACUAUAGCUAGGUUUAUGGCGGGAUUGAAUAGAGAAAUUCAUGAUAUUGUGGAGAUGCAACAACACUAUGAUGUUGAGGAAUUACUUCAAUCAUCAUCAAGCUCAUGGAAAACUCCAAUCAAGAAGGAUGACAAGUCAUCAAAAGAAAAGGAGUCUGCGCAAAAGGGUGUUACCCCUAAAACCGAUUCUAAGUCUUCAUCAAGUUCAUCUUCUAAGAACUAUGUAAAGUGUUUCAAGUGUCAAGGAUAUGGACACUUUGCAAGGGAUUGCGUUAACAAGAAAGUCAUGCUUACUAAUGACAAUGGUGAAAUCGUAAGUGAAGAUGAGGAUAUUGCGCUUGGAUCAAGUGGAGAUGGAGAUGAUGAAGUAGAGGUACAAACCGAUGAUGAUGAUAGUGAAGGUUCAACACCGGCACUCUUGAAUUUAGUUGCAAGGAGAACUUUAAGUGCCUAUGUUAAAGGAGAUGUGCAAAAUCAAAGGGAAAAUUUGUUUCAUACUAGGAUGUAUGCGAAUGGGAAGCCUAGUAGUGUGAUCAUUGAUGGAGGAAGUUGCACAAAUAUAGUUAGUGUCUAUUUGGUGAAGGAGCUUGCGUUAUCCACCACUAAACACCCUAAACCCUAUAGUUUAGGAUGGUUCAAUGAUAGAGAGGAGAUUAAGGUUAACAAAAAAGUUUUAGUUUCUCUUUCUUUAGGCAGGUACAAUGGUGAGGUGCUUUGUGAUGUACUACUAAUGCAAGCAUGUCAUGUUCUACUUGGACGACCAUGGCAAUAUGACAACAAGGUCCAUCAUGAUGGUGAAACAAAUAAGUAUUCUUUUAUGUGUGGUAAGCGUCAUAUUACCUUGAUUCCUUUAUCACCUCAAGAUGCUUUAAAAGAUCAAUUAAAAUUGAAAGAGGAAUUUGCUAAAAUGGAAUCUGAUUUUAGGACUAAAGAAAAGACUAAACAUGCUAAUUUGAAUGUGAAUUGCGUUGAAGGCAAAACUGAUUUGGUUGAUAAGCAUGCUAGUUCUAGGAAAGUUGUUAAGGAGUGUAUGUUAGCUACUAAGAGUGAGAUUAAAGAGGCUUUACAUGAUAAUUCUGUUUUGAUCUUACUUUUGCUUAAGAAUACACUUGUUGCUACUAACGACUUGGAAAGAGAGCUUCCAAGCAAUAUUGUUUCUCUUUUGAGUGAUUAUUUAGAUGUGUUUCCGGAGGAGAUUCCUAGUGGGUUGCCGCCGAUAAGGGGAAUUGAGCAUCAAAUUGAUUUCAUUCCUGGAGCGCAAAUACCAAAUAAGCCAGCUUAUAGAACUAAUCCUGACGAAACAAAGGAAUUGGAGAAGCAAGUUGGAGAGCUACUUCAAAAGGACUUUGUGCGUGAAAGUCUUUCUCCAUGUGUCGUUCCUGUUUUGCUUGUUCCUAAGAAAGAUGGGACUUGGAGAAUGUGUGUUGAUUGUAGGGCAAUAAACAACAUAACGGUAAAGUAUCGUCACCCUAUUCCUAGAUUAGAUGAUAUGCUAGAUGAAUUGCAUGGUGCUUGUUUAUUUUCUAAGAUUGAUCUUAAGAGUGGCUAUCAUCAAAUUCGCAUGAAAGAGGGUGAUGAAUGGAAAACUGCCUUUAAAACUAAAUUAGGGUUGUAUGAAUGGUUAGUUAUGCCUUUUGGAUUGACUAAUGCACCUAGUACAUUCAUGCGACUAAUGAAUCAUGUUUUAAGAGCUUUUAUUGGCAAGUUUGUUGUUGUUUAUUUUGAUGAUAUUCUUGGGUAUAACCGAAACCUAAAUGAGCAUGUUAGGCAUCUAAGAUGUGUGUUAGAUGUACUUAGGGUUGAGAAAUCAUAUGCUAACCUUAAGAAGUGCACCUUUUGCACAAACAAGCUUGUUUUUCUUGGUUUUGUGGUUUCAUCGCAAGGUAUAGAGGUUAAUGAGGAAAAGAUCAAGGCAAUCAAAGAAUGGCCAACACCCACCAACAUUGGACAAGUGAGAUCUUUUUAUGGACUAGCCGGAUUCUAUAGGAGGUUUGUUAAGGACUUUAGCACCUUAGCCGCCCCUAUUACAAGUGUUAUGAAGAAGAAUGCACCAUUCAAGUGGGGAGAUGAACAACAAGAAGCAUUUGAGAUGUUGAAGGAUAAACUAACUAAUACUCCUUUGCUUGUUUUACCUAACUUUAACAAUACUUUUGAGAUUGGAUGUGAUGCAUCAGGGGUUGGAUUUGGAGCUGUUUUAAUGCAAGGUGGGAAGCCCGUCGCUUAUUUUAGUGAGAAAUUGAAUGGGGCUGCAUUGAAUUAUCCAACCUAUGAUAAAGAGUUGUAUGCUCUUAGCGAGUUCAUAGAGAGCUUUCCUUAUGUUGUGCGAUACAAACAAGGUAAGGAGAAUGUGGUAGCUGAUGCUUUAUCAAGGAGGUAUGUCUUACUUUCCAUGCUUAAUUCUAAGUUUCUUGGUUUUGAGUAUAUUAAGGAAUUGUAUGCUAGUGACGUUUAUUUUGGUGAACUCUUUAAAGCAUGUGAAAAUUCUGGUUUUGGAAAGUAUUAUAAGCAUGAUGGAUUUUUGUUUAAGGAAUCUAGAUUGUGUGUGCCUUCUUGUUCUUUGCGCAUCUUGCUCUUGAGGGAAUCGCAUGAAGGGGGUUUAAUGGGUCACUUUGGAGUUGAUAGAACAUAUGGCAUAUUGCAUGAACACUUCUUUUGGCCUAAGAUGCGACAUGAUGUAGGGAAGUAUGUUGCUAGUUGCAUUGUUUGUUUGCAAGCUAAAUCUACUUCUAAACCUCAUGGAUUAUAUACUCCCUUGCCUAUUCCUCAUGAACCAUGGACUCAUAUUAGCAUGGACUUUGUGUUAGGUUUACCUCGUUCUAGGAGAGGUAAAGAUUCUAUCUUUGUGGUUGUUGAUAGGUUUUCUAAGAUGGCACACUUUAUUGCAUGUACUAAAACGGAUGAUGCCAUUAAUGUAACUAAUUUGUUCUUUAAGGAAAUUGUUAGACUACAUGGAAUGCCUAGAACGAUUGUAAGUGAUAGAGAUGCUAAGUUCUUAAGUCACUUUUGGAGAACUUUAUGGGCUAAGUUAGGUACUAAGUUGUUAUUUUCUACUACUUGUCAUCCUCAAACUGAUGGUCAAACCGAGGUAGUUAAUAGAACUUUGUCUACUUUGCUUAGGGCUUUAAUUAAAAAGAACUUAAGAACUUGGGAGGAUUGUCUACCUCAUGUCGAAUUUGCAUAUAAUAGAAGCAUACAUAGCACCACUGGAUAUUCACCUUUUGAAACUGUGUAUGGCUUUAAUCCUUUAACCCCAUUGGAUUUGUUGAGUUUACCUUUGAGUGUGCAAGUCGACAUGGAUGGACAAAGGAAGGCCGAUUAUUUUAGGGAACUUCCUGCUAGGGUUCGAGCUCAAAUUGAGAAGAAGACACAACACUACAUGAAGAAUGCUAACAAAGGGCGCAAGGAAGUCAUCUUUGAACCCGGGGAUUGGGUUUGGUUGCAUCUAAGGAAGGAGAAGUUCCCUGAAAAGAGAAAGUCUAAGCUCUUACCUCGUGGAGAUGGUCCAUUCCAAGUCUUGGAGAGGAUCAACAACAACGCCUACAAGCUAGAUCUUCCUAAUGAAUAUGGCACUGUAAGUGCUAUUUUUAAUGUUUCAGACUCAUCCUUGUUUGAUAGUGAUGCAAAUUUGAGGACAAAUCCUUUUCAAGGGAGAGGGGAUGAUGCGCCAAGGGCUUAUCAUGGCUUAGAAGAGCACAAUGGAGCCAUUGGAGAUCAUGUCUUGGAUAAACAUGGAGAUGUUUUGGAGAUUCAAGAAGAUGCCACGGAUGAUCCCGGAUUGAACACAAGCUUGGCGGAGCAAGGAGUUGAGGACCGACCACCAUCGUAUGGAGCAACCGGCCAACGCAUGGGACGCCGCACGAGACAUCGCACAAGCCAUCUGGCCACAACCGGCCAUCGCACGGGCUAA